AUGGCUCACACUCGUUUCAAUCUACACACGGCAGCCCGCCUCCUGUUCUUUCUUCUGCCCCUUGUGAAAGCUCUUCCCAGCAACUCUCCAAUCGAGGCCCGCGAUGGCUCUUACACAUACUUGGCAUCAAUCGCCGACGACACCAUGACAGUUGAGAAAUGCAGCUCCUUCUGCUCAAAGUACAGCCACUUUGGCGUCGAGUAUGGCAGAGAAUGCUACUGCGGUAACACAAUCCAGACUCAAGCGCUGGCAGUCGACCGAGCCGAGUGCGGCUUCGCCUGCUCUGGCAAUCCGUCGGAAGUCUGCGGCGCUGGAAACCGUAUCGAUAUUUACACCAAUCUGGGGUUCUCUAGUCCGAAGCCCGCCACGCUCGUUGAUCAUGUUUACUUGGGAUGCUUCAUCGACAACGGCGACCGGGUGCUUCCCAACAAGCCCUUCGCUUCCGACACCAUGACAGCGGCAUUUUGUGCUCAACAAUGCCAAGGAUACACCUACUUCGGUACGCAGUGGUCGCGAGAGUGCUACUGCGGUAACGUGGCGCCGCGGUCUGCUGCUCCAGAGUCCGAAUGCUCAUUUUCUUGCUCCGGGUCCGAUGCCGAGCUCUGCGGCGCCGGCAUGAGGCUCAGUGUCUACGGACCGCCGGUGGUAUCAUCGCUCCCCGGCACGGCUCCCUCACAAGGCUCAACACCCUCUCCCGUCUCACCAGCGGCAGCAGCUACCGUCUCUGGGUACGUCUACCAGGGUUGCUACACCGAUAACCUGCCCCAGCGCGUUCUCACGGGCGACCUUGUCCGCGAUCCCACGAUGUCCCUCGAAAAGUGCGCUUCGUUUUGCAGCACUUCCCACUACACCUACUUCGGUGUUGAGUUUACGGGAGAGUGCUAUUGCGGGAUGUCUUUAGAUACGGCCAGUGCAAAACAGUCAGAUGUUGCGUGUACAAUGAAGUGCGGAUACUUCCUCAAGCUCCUCCACUCUUGCAGUAUCUACUACCUCAACAAGUCUGGAGUCUUCUGCGACUACGACUUCGGUGACUGCCUCCUCUUCAUCGGAAACUAUGGGGAGCUCAUCAACCUCGACUUCCUCCAUUUUUGA